CUCCACAAAUGUCGGUUCGCCAUCAAAUAUUAAAUGCCGAAAUGUACCGCCCCAUACAUAAAAUGCGCAUGCGCAAAGACGCGCAAGCGUCAACGGGGCAAAGGCACCAGCCAUGUGCACCAGAACGGCACUCGGCGCAUGCGCGUCAAGUCACUGACGUGCGCAUGCGCACAAUGCAAACUUAUGACUUGCCUGACCAGGAGCAAAGUGCCACUGAUUAA